AUGCCCAUGGACGGCCCAAUCGGCUUGGAAGUUCACCUGCUGGUGUACGACUUAUCUCAAGGGCUGGCCAAGGAUUUGUCCAUGAGCGUAUUGGGAUUUCAGCUCGAUGCGCUCUACCACACCUCCAUAGAGCUGUGCGGCCGUGAGUUUGUCUACGAUGGUGGGAUUCUGGAGAUUGUCCCCGGCUCAUCCCACCUGGGUCGACCGAUGCAGCGGCUGCCGUUAGGCACGACAAUGUUGCCCAUGGAUGUCGUACGCGAGUAUCUUGACUCUAUGAGAUCCGUCUACACUGCCGAGGCAUACGAUCUAUUCAAACACAACUGUAAUAAUUUCACAGACUCCUUUUCCAACUUCCUGCUCGGAAAAGGCAUCCCGCAACACAUCACAAGCAUGCCACAGGCUGUUCUUGACUCACCUAUGGGCAGAAUGAUGCUGCCCCAACUCACUCGGGGCAUGAACGCUCGGAAAAAUGGUCUGCUCGGCUUGGGUCAGACGGCGGCAAGUGCCACAGCGCCCAAGAAGCUCAAUCAAGUCCACAAUGCUAUCCGGAUCGAGGACUACCAUAAACUGUUAGCCCAAUCCUCCAAGGCAGCCUCGGUCGUCUUCUUCACGUCGCCCACCUGCCCGCCGUGCAAGGCUCUGUAUCCCUUCUACGACCAAAUGGCCGAGCACUACGGUCACAACAUUGCCUUUAUAAAAGUCGACGUUUCGCUGGCCCAUGAGAUUGCCGCAAAGUACACCGUUACUGCCACACCCACCUUUAUCGCCUUUUUUCGGGGCGAGCAAUUCAAGCGCUGGACCGGCGCGGAUCAGCACACACUCCAGAGCAACGCCCAGCUGCUCAUUCAGAUGGGCGCACAGCUACAUGCUCAUGACCGUCUGCAACUACCCAACUUCUCCCCAAAUUCGCUGCCCGUCCUGUACGCCAAGACACCGCCUCUCAGCAAGCUGCACAUCAAAAUGGGCGAGUUUGGCCUCAAACCAGACAUCCAAGCCGUCACGAGCUUCCUCGAACUCCGCGACAAGCAGAAACCGACAGACUUGAGGACUCCGGGGCUGCUGACGCUCGGUCAGUGCGUCCGCGGCGCUCUGGACAAGCUCGCGCCCGACGUGGUCUUUACCGCCAUCGACCUCUUCCGCGCCGCGCUGACGGAUCCGCGCGUGAGCGCCUACUACGCUGAGGAGCGCGACUUCCAGACUAUGGACGCCAUCAUCAAGUACGUCAAUACUAAGGGCAUUGCUUGUCCGUACUCGAUGCGCCUCGUGACGCUCCAGGCCCUGUGCAACAUGUUUUCCACGCCGCUGUUCGCCGGCAUCGUGCUCGGCAACGCCGCUGUCCGCACGGAGGUCGUGGAGCUCGUCUCGACGAGCUUCCUCGACGACCACCACACCAACACGCGUGUGGCGGCGUCGUCGCUGCUCUUCAAUCUUGCGCUGGCAAACCGCCAGCGGCGCAAGGACGGGGACGAGGCGCGUUUUUCCGCCGCGGAGGAGGUGGAGCUGGCGGCGUCGCUGGUCGAGGCCAUUGGGCAGGAGAGUGAGUCGGCCGAGGCGCUGCACGGCAUGCUCCUGUCGCUGGGGCAUCUGGUCUUUGGCCUUGAUCUAGACGGCGAGCUUGCGGACCUGUUGCGGGCGCUAGACGCAAAGGAUACGAUCCUGGGCAAGAGGAAGGCGUUCCCGAAUGAGAAGCUGGUCAAGGAGGUCGGAGAGGAGCUGCUGGGCAAGGGGCUUCAUAAACCCUAG